CUCCGGCGCUGAGCUGCGCGUCUCUCUCCAGCAGCGCUGCGAUUAUACUGACCGAGGAGGCCCGGGGCUGAGAGGGCCAGCGCUGUAGCUGUAGCUGUAGACCGUCUACUGGACUUUCUACCAUGACUGCACCACAGCGGGCUGGAUAUCUCCGUCGAGAGCAGCUGUACUGAGCUAAUUCUCAUCUUCUGAAGAUAUAAAACACAGACUGGAGCAGUGGAUCAACACCCCACAGCCUCCUCCUCCUCCUGCUCACCACCACUCAAUUGUUCCCCUGCUCUCUUCUUGCAUCUCGCCUGCUUGCAAAGCCUCCAUCGCGUGUUGUUCUGCAGUCCAGAGCUGCUGUUCUGCUCUGAGAGCGGGAUGUAAAGGGGGAGCAGCCUCGUUUCUCAGCAGCUCCUGCUUUGGAAACCAGAGUCUCUCCUUUAGAGAAGAAGAACGCCGUCACGCUUCUCCUCCUCCUUCUCAGCCCAUUCAUUCAGCUUCAGUGUGGUGAAGGUUUGGAGCCAUGGAGAGUGUGGAGAAGGAGUGUGGAGCUCUGGGGGGAUUAUUCCAAGCCGUCGUCAAUGAUAUGAAGAACUCGUAUCCCGUGUGGGAAGACUUCAGUGCCAAGGCCACAAAGCUACAUUCGCAACUCAGGACAACAGUACUGGCUACUGCAGCUUUCCUGGAUGCCUUUCAGAAGGUGGCGGACAUGGCGACAAACACCCGAGGUGCUACCAGGGACAUUGGCUCGGCUCUGACCCGAAUGUGCAUGCGCCAUCGCAGCAUCGAGGCCAAACUGCGACACUUCACCAAUGCUCUUAUGGAGAGACUGAUCACACCACUCCAGGACAAGAUAGAGGAGUGGAAGAAGACUGCUGCCCUUCUAGAUAAAGAUCAUGCCAAAGAGUACAAGCGGUCUCGGCAGGAGAUCAAGAAGAAGUCCUCAGACACUCUGAAGCUGCAGAAGAAGGCCAGAAAAGAGCUCCCAGGUCGAGGUGGGCUGCAGCCCCAGCUGGACAGUGCUAUGCAGGAUGUAAGCGAUAUGUAUCUGUUGAUGGAGGAGACAGAGAAACAGGCUGUGCGUCGAGCCCUCCUCGAAGAAAGGGGGCGCUAUUGCACCUUCAUCAGCUUCCUGCAGCCUGUGGUGAAUGGAGAAAUUGCUAUGCUUGGAGAGGUCACUCAUCUCCAGGCCAUUAUUGAUGACCUCACUGUGCUGACCACUGACCCACAUAAACUGCCAGAAGCCAGUGAACAGGUUAUCCUGGACCUGAAGGGUUCCGACUACAGCUGGUCUUACCAAACUCCGCCUUCCUCUCCCAGCAGUACCGGCUCCAGGAAGAGCAGUUUGUGCAGUUUGGUGCAUCUGCCACCAGGUGGUGCUCAUCGCCUGAGCAGCGUCUCUUCUCAUGACUCCGGAUUCAUCUCUCAAGAUGCCAACAUGCACUCUAAACCUCCUUCUCCAAUGCCAUCUGACAUCACCAGCCAGAAGUCAUCCAGUUCUGCAUCCUCUGAAGCAUCUGAGACCUGCCAGUCUGUCAGUGAAUGCGGAUCGCCUACAGCUUUUGGCUCAUCCUUCGCUACUUUCCGCCCUGCUCACACAUAUAACGGCUCCAUCAGGCCUCUCUCUUUCAUAGCUCCUGCGUCCCCAUCCUUUAACCAUUCCCCUGGAUCAAAUUCUCCCUCACCCACAUCAAAAGUUCCUCACUGGAAGCAGGACUGGUCUAAAGCAGCUCACUAUGAGCAGGCCGGAGCGGCUCUACAGCGCAAAAUGGAGGCUGCAGAGCCCCCUGGUGGACCGAGGGGGAACGGUGUCGUGCACGCUGAGGACCCUUACAGGACCAGAGCGGGCCCUGCAAACAUCAGUGGAAAGCAUGGAAAGCUGACAACAUCUGCAGCCAGUGAGCUGGCAAUGGUUCUCACACGUGGUUUAAGUCUGGAGCAGCAGAAGAACAGCUGUGACUCACUGCAGUACUCCAGUGGAUACAGCACACAAAAUACUACACCAUCCUGCUCUGAGGACACCAUUCCCUCACACGGUUCUGACUAUGACUGCUACUCUAUGAACGGAGACGGCGAAAGUGAUGCUCAGACGGACUUUGAUAAAUCCUCCACCGUCCCUCGGCACAGCAACCUGGCCCAGAACUACCGUCGCAUGAUCCAGACCAAGAGGCCUGCGAGCACUGCGGGGCUUCCUGGAGGUGUAGGCGCCCAGGGUUCCUCUGCUUCCAAUGGCAAAGGAACAUCAGGAGGAACAGUAAUUUCUUCUGGAACGGCCACCAUCCGCAGGACCCCGUCCUCCAAAACUGGUGUGAGACGUGUCCCAUCCAACGUGGGCCCGAUUCCUAUCCGGCCUCCCAUUGUUCCAGUGAAGACCCCUACUGUCCCAGACUCCCCUGGUUUCCCCAGUCCUCCACCAGAGCACAAUGGCAGUGAGGAGAGCCUGUACAGUGAAGAUUCGUUGGAGAUCCUGGAGUACAAAGCCUCUCCCAAACGGAUGAGUCUGCCUAACUCUGCUUGGGGCUCAAGCAUGAGCGUGUACUCCCAGCAGUCCGGAGCUAUGGCCCUCAGCACAGAGGAGCAGAUUCUGGCUGCUAACCGCCACAGCCUGGUGGAGAAAAUUGGAGAGCUUGUGGCCAACGCUCAUGCCCUGGGAGAAGGUCAAUACCCGUUCCCCACGGAUCCCCAGGCUAGCCACGGCCACCAGGAGGACCCUCCGCCCACAGAAAAGGGAGAGGACAUGCUGAAGUCCAUCCGCAGAGGAGUGCGCCUCAGGAAAACCGUGAGCAAUGACAGGUCGGCGCCCAGGAUCCUGCGAUAGCUUCACUCUUUAUUGCCAACCUGAUGCAUAUAGACUCUGCAAAAAGAGGAACACUUGUAUGUAUGUGAAAAUUGAUUAAAUUGUUAAACAAACAAACAAACAAAAAAAAAGGAUUGUUAAAGUCAGUGUUCAUAAAUUGGUGACUAGCAAACUAGUCAUACCAGUGUCAAUGUGACGUGACGAGUGUAUAUGGACACAGUUCCUGUAUGGACUAUUAUUGUUGUAUGGAUGCUAAAGACAUCUAUUGGAAAGGCACAUUUUAACAAACUUCGUACAACUCAACGGACAAGAGUACGUUUUAAAGUGUGUACUAUUAACAUUCUAGUUGUUGGUUGUUCCUUUUUGGAGUUUUGAUUUGUAAUUACUAUGUUAAUCAAAUGUUACUUAUCUGUAACUGAUGUAAAGAGCGAGUUUGACUAAUUUCUCAUCUCCCCAGGUAAUCGCUUUGUAAAAAGCCAAAGUGUUUUGUUGUUGAUUAAAAAGCUAAUGUGUUGAAUGCAAGUGGCACCACAGUAGCCUACUCACACUCAGACGGACCACAUGAACAAAGUACUGUAAAUACUGCAAACUGCCAAAUAAACACAAAGUGUAGCACA